AUGGUUAAAUUCACCUCCGUUUUCUUUGUUGCUGCUGUCGUCGUCAACGCUGUUCCUACUUUGGCCAGGCAGGUCUUCUUUUCCUUCAGGGACAACCGACGAAGCCUAGAGUCAGAUGAUAUUGUUCUAUCUCGCGACGUUAUUGAGGCUGUAUAUGGGCGGGAGCUUACGGACGUCGAGCUCCAGGAACGAGCUCCGUUUUUUCCUCUCAUCUUUGCUGCGCUGAGAAUUGGCGCCCAAGUCGGUGCCCGCGUAGGCUCAAGAGUUGCUAGCAAGGUUGGCCGCAAGGCCGCACACAAGGCUGCCGAGCAUCACCAGCAAAACCACAACAAUAACCACCACCACAAGAGAUCUCUCGAAACGAGUGACAUUUGGAACGAUCUCUUAGAAAGGGAAGAAUUCUUCGACGAGGCAUUUGAGAGACGGGAUAUAAACGAGCUCGACUGA